AUGGAAGUGAAUCCUUUAAACAUAUUUUUCGUGAAAUCUGACAGCAAAGGUGACAGGUUGCUGUUCAGAUAUCCUUACACAACAGAAAACAAGGAUGAAAGUAAACAGAAAAAAUAUGGUCGACACAAUCCUUACGCCAUUAAUUCUACAGAGGACUUGUUACAGAACCCUCAAUCGCAAACGUCAAAUAUUUGUAAAGGUCAGCUAAGUGGUUUUACAGAUGAAAUGUUAUCAACCUUGUUUGCUGUAAAAGCUGAGCUUUGUAAUAGAAAGUUUGAGUUAAAAGUGAAUGAUGUCAGGUUUGUGGGACACCCUACGCUACUGCCAUACAGAACUAACAAGGAUGAUACGGCCACUAUGAUCCUUAUUAACAUUGUCUUUGCACUGCAGGCUUCUGCAAGUCAUUCUGUUGUAAAAUGUUACUAUGAUUUGAGUAAAAGACUGGGAAAAGCACUGAGACAUGAAGAAAAGAGGUGUUCAUAUUUGACUGAAGAAAUGAAAAUAAUGUUAGCAGCUCAUGAUGAGGUAUCAGUUUUGGAUAGCGAAAUAAAGAGUGACAAUGAUGAAGAUGAGGACAAUCUCCGUCAUUCUGUCAGUUCAGCGACGUACAGCAGUGAGAACGGGGCAGAUAACGCUCCGAAGUCAGCGUUCCAUCUCAUACUGCAACGGAGCUCGCUGGCGAGGUCCAUGAAGUCUGUGUUUGAAGAACUGAGUAGUACUGGUAUAGUUCAAUGUCGGAUAAAUAAGUGGGUAUUGUUGUCCUUCUGUUUGCCACACAAAGCUCAUCAAAUACACAAUAGAGGGUUAAUCAUUGAACCAGAAACAAUAGACAAAUGUUUACAGAAACUUAGGCCUUAUCACGGUAUAUUGCUUAUGGUGAAUCCAAAUGAUCUGCUGGGUUCAAUACCUCUGGACAGCAGCUCGGCUCUACUAAGACUGAUAAAACUAUACAGCCCACUGAAAAGUUUACAGACGCUCGCUAUAGAAGCGGACCUAACCCUAAAACAGGUGUCUCAACUAACAGGACACUUGGUAUACUGGGCGAAAGCGACAGUGAUAUAUCCUUUAUGUGAGAGUAAUGUUUACGUGGUCGCUCCGGGAGCUAACGUUCAUAUACACUCGCCUCUAGUUGAAGAGUUCGCGAAGGAGUUCCCUACUCUGUGCUUGUUACAGAUGCUAAGCGAAUUCUCUCUCCCGGCUCCGUUGUGGUACGUGUCCCGCAACGGGUCGGGCGGCGGCGGCGGCGGCGGGCGCCUCGCGCGCUGCGUCGCCUGGCUGCUGCGCCGGAGGCUGCUGCUGCAGCUACAUACCUACGUACAGUUCAACUCGCCGCACUGGGGACGGGACCCCGAUGGCAAAGAAUAUUACUGCGAAAAACACGAUAUAUUCAACCAGUCCUGCAGUGUGUCGUUCUCCUCUCUCAACCAAAUGCAACUCAACGUCCCAGAACCAGUGGAACCCAGAGAAACCAUCAACACCUUCCCAGACUCCGACGAGGACUACCCGACAGAGAAUAACCUCAACCAAACAGACUUCUCACACACAAAGCCAAUAGUCAUAGAAUCUGAACAUACUAAAUACGAUAAAUUCCGGGAAACAGACUCCGCGAAUCACUCCUUCGAUGACGGCAUCGACGUCGUCGACGGCAUCAAACCAACCAACGGUUGUGACUACGAAAACAAAGUCGAUAAAGUCCAGAAGAAAAUACAAGGAAACUCAGUAGACAGCGGCAUUUCAAGCAAUAUGAAUGGAACUAACAAUCAUAAUGGGAACGGAGAAAUUAUAGAAAAUGGCCACACUGAUAUCGUUAAAACUGAAUUGUCUAUCGAUAAAACUGAUUCGGAUAAAAAGAGUCUCCCUUCACGGUUAUCUGAUAUCUCCUUGAAAGAUAGUGAAACUACUUUGAAUAAGGAUACGAGUAGUGAUGAAGAUAAAUUCGAGAGCGACCAGGAUAUAUCGCCGCGAAUCAAAAUGAAUGGAAUAAUGAACGGUGGUGAAAAGAAAAAUGGCGUGUCUUUGAAUUUGAAAUUACAAAGUGAAAUGAGUAUGGAUUUCAGCUUUCAACCGCCGACGGUGUGGAAUGUUCCGGCAAGUUGUGACGUCAUCGAUGCAUGUCGCAUCCCCAACGAGCCGCCAACGACCGAGUCACUGCUAGACACGUUCACUGCCGAGGAACGAGCCGCUUUGGCGACGGUACCAGCUUCUAAAAACACUGACGAUCUGUUGCUUCUAGCACAACUGCAUAAGAAAGGUUACUUCCGCGGUGAGCAGCAUUUAGAAGAGAUUAUGUUUAUGGAGAACGUAAGCCGCUCGCAGCUGAUGCAACUUCUAGACAAAUUCAAAGAUGUCCUCAUUACAUUCGAGACUGAAGACCCUGCUGUCGCCAUGUUGUAUCCCUACCAGUAA